CAAACUCCUGCACACCAUGGUACCCAGGGCUGAGCAGGUUUCAAGUGUCUUCCCUUCUUGUGGUGUCUCCGUUUCUUACAGGGGUGAAGACAUCUUAAGCCAGAGGAGUGACUCUCUAGUUGUGGAGUUUCAGUCGUCAGCCAGCAGAUGCAGGAGCGUCUAUGAACCAGAUAGAAACGUGUUACGGAGGAAAGAACGAGAAAGAAGAAAUCAGGAAACUCAACAGGACGAUGGCACGUUUAAUUCGAGUUACUCCCUCUUCAGUGAACCCUACAAGACUAACAAGGGGGAUGAGCUCUCUAACCGGAUCCAGAACACGUUAGGCAAUUAUGAUGAGAUGAAAGACUUUUUAACGGAUAGAUCCAAUCAGACUCACCUCGUGGGCGUUCCCAAGCCUGGGGUCCCUCCGGCUCCCGUGAACAAGAUUGACGAGCAUUUCGUUGCAGAUUCGAGGGCCCAGCCCCAGCCCGCGUCCGUCUGUAGCGCGGCGUCCUCCUCGCCGGCAGCUGUCCCCGGGCAGCAGAGCAAGCGGGCCACCGUGGGCUGGCAGAAGGCUGGGCACCAGCCCUCCGACGGCCAGCAGAGAGCAACAACACAGGGCUCUCUCAGGACCUUGCUCGGAGAUGGUGUCGGCAGACAGCAGCCGCGGACCAAACAGGUGUGCAAUGUCGAGGUGGGUCUUCAGACCCAGGAAAGGCCCCCAGCUAUGGCAGCCAAGCACGGCAGCGGUGGACACUGUGUUCAGAACUUUCCUCCAUCCCUGGCUUCGAAACCUAGCCUGGUCCAGCAGAAACCCACCGCCUAUGUGCGGCCAAUGGACGGCCAGGACCAGGCUCCCGAUGAGUCUCCGAAGCUUAAAUCAUCCACGGAAACCAGCGUGCACUGCCCAUCACACCGGGGAGCCCCAGCUGCCAAGCCAGAGUCCGCCAGAGCCAAGGCCAAGCUUGCCAAGUUCAGCAUCCCCAAACAGGGAGAGGAGAAUAGAUCUGGAGAAACCAACAGCUGUGUUGAAGAAAUCAUUCGGGAGAUGACCUGGCUUCCCCCACUUUCUGCUAUUCAAGCACCUGGCAAAGUGGAACAGAGCAAAUUUCCAUUUCCAAAUAAGGACUCUCAGCUCGUUUCCUCGGGACACAAUAAUCCAAAGAAAGGUGGUGCUGAGCCAGGGAGUCCGGACAAUGGCACGUCGAAUACAUCAAUGCUAGAAGAUGACCUUAAGCUAAGUAGUGAUGAAGAGGAGAAUGAACAGCAGGCAGCCCAGAGAACGGCUCUCCACGCUCUGUCUGACAGCGCCGGGGCCCAGCAGGCCAGCGGCAGGGCCUCCGCGCCUUCCAGCAAGGGCAGCAGCAGCGGCAGCAGCAGCAGCGGGAGCAGCUCCUCCAGCGACUCGGAGAGCAGCUCGGGGUCCGACUCGGAGACCGAGAGCAGUUCCAGCGAGAGUGAGGGCAGCAAGCCGCCCCACUACUCCAGCCCCGAGGCCGAACCAGCGUCCUCCAACAAGUGGCAGCUGGAUAAAUGGCUAAACAAAGUUAAUCCCCACAAGCCUCCUAUUCUGAUCCAAAACGAAAGCCACGGGCCGGAGAGCAACCAGUACUACACCGCGGCGAAGGACGAAGCGCCCGACUGUGGCAAGCUUCCCGAAGUCUGCCCCCGCAACGAACUUCUCUCCCCCUUGAAGGACAGUGACGAGGUCAGGUCUCGGGUCAAAAUUGACCUGACCCUCCUGUCCAGGGUCCCAGAACACCUGCCCCAGGAGCCGGGGGUCUUGAGCGCUCCUGCGGCCAAGGACUCUGAGAGCGCCCCGCUGAGCCAGGUAUCAGAGGCGCCCGCAGAAAAGGCUUUGCCAAAAUCCAAGAGGAAACGCAAGUGUGACAACGAAGACGACUACAGGGAGGUCAAGAAGGCCCAGGGAGAGAAGGAGAGCUCUUCACGACUGACCGCCUCUGCCAACGGUACUUUGUCUGCAAACCACUGCAACGUGAGCAUCAGCAGCUUGGCAAUACCAAUAAACAAAAAUGAAAAAAUGCUGCGGUCGCCCAUCUCCCCCCCAUCCGACGCGUCUAAACACAAAUACUCAGGCGAGGACUUCACCUCCUGCGGCCGACCCGGCAGCAAUGGCUUGCUUACCUCCACCUCCGCCAGCAAGAAGCAUAAGCCAGAGAGCCAGCUGCCGACCCACGCCGGAGACGUCGCGAAAGCGGCUCACAACGCUUCCGAGAACGUUCUCCACAAGUCGCGGCCACAGACAGAGCCGUGGUCUCCAGGCUCCAACGGCCACAGGGACUGCAAGAGGCAGAAACUUGUCUUCGACGACAUGCCACGCAGUGCAGAUUAUUUUAUGCAAGAAGCUAAACGAAUGAAGCAUAAAGCAGAUGCGAUGGUGGAAAAGUUUGGAAAGGCCCUGAACUACGCAGAAGCAGCCUUGUCGUUCAUCGAGUGUGGAAACGCCAUGGAGCAAGGCCCCAUGGAAUCCAAGUCUCCCUACACAAUGUACUCGGAGACGGUGGAGCUCAUCAGGUAUGCUAUGAGACUAAAAACCCACUCAGGCCCCAGCGCCACACCAGAGGAUAAACAGUUGGCUGCAUUGUGUUACCGAUGCCUGGCCCUCCUGUACUGGCGGAUGUUUCGACUCAAAAGGGAUCAUGCUGUAAAGUAUUCCAAAGCACUUAUCGACUAUUUUAAGAAUUCAUCUAAAGCUGCCCAAGCCCCGUCUCCGUGGGGGGCCAGUGGAAAGAGCACGGGAACCCCGUCCCCCAUGUCUCCCAACCCCUCGCCCACCAACUCUGUGGGAUCUCAGGGGAGCCUCUCCAACGCCAGUGCCCUGUCCCCCUCAACCAUCGUCAGCAUCCCACAGCGCAUCCACCAGAUGGCCGCCAAUCACGUCAGCAUCACCAACAGCAUCCUCCACAGCUACGACUACUGGGAGAUGGCAGACAGCCUGGCCAAGGAGAACAGAGAAUUCUUCAACGACCUGGACCUGCUCAUGGGGCCGGUCACCCUGCACAGCAGCAUGGAGCACCUGGUCCAGUACUCCCAGCAGGGCCUGCACUGGCUGCGGAACAGCGCCCACCUGUCGUAGGGACUUCGCCCCGGAGCCGGAGGGUGCUCUUGUCUUCGCGGACUGCUCCACAUUUCUGGACACUGUGCUACUGAAAUCCCUGGCCACAGCCACAGCGCUUGUCAAACUGCGGUGAAUAUUUUCUCAGCAUCGAACAAUGGUCUUUUUCCCAGGGCGUGUGUGUUUGUGUGUGUGCGUGUCUAGGAAGCUGCCUGUGUCUGUGUGUAAGGUACACAGCUCUUUAGAACACAUUUUCUUUGUCUAGUUUCCAUAAUCCCAGGCUGGACAGAAUGAUCUGACCUUUCUGAUGAGAGAAAAAACACCUACACACGUACACGCACACAAAAUCGCAGACACACACACACACACACACGCACAAUUUUCUAGUUCAAAGCUAAACCAUGACUUCUUAGAACAUUCAACCAAAAUCUCAUGGGUUAGUUAACCAGGUGCAAUGCGGCACACCAAAAGCUUGACUGCCAGUUAAGAUGAACGUAGUUCUUAUACUAUUGGUUACUUUCAGUAUUAAUGUUACUAUUCCCCAAUUAUUUUUUUUGAUUGUGUGUAUUAAUGGGUAAUUGAAUAAUGAAAAUAAGUCAGUUAUUUUUGUGCUGGACGUUUACUAGAUUGCAUGUUACCAAACACCCUGCCUUUCGUCUGGUACCAGUGCCCCCGAUCCAACUUUACUAUCAACUAAACGUCUCACAAGCAAAUGCAUCAACUCCCACCGGCCUGCCUGGCCCUGCCCUCUCCCCCCAAAAUAGUAUGCAAAUGGCACUGAGAUUUAGUGAAACCUCAGCGUCUUAGAGAAUUAGCCACCAUGAAAGCAGCAACAGCUUUAAUGUUUGGGGGUGUUAGGAAUUGGAAUCUUCUGCACGUUUGGGGAGCCCACCCAGCAUGAGUUCCCUCUCCUGCCACUGUGACACGGGGGCCGGAGAGCCACAGGGCAUUUGUCAAGUCUUUCCUCUCCGUGAUAGCUUCCUUACAAAUUCUCUUGGCCAAAUUAGGAUGUUAGCUGGGAUGUCCCUUCACUGGGAAUCUGUAUCUGUUGCUCAUCAGGCCGAGAACUCUUUGCUAUCACGAUUCUGUCUCAUCCUCCGGCUCUGUGCAGAAGGUGCCUCUGCGGGCCUUUAAUGCAGUUUGAUCUGGGGGAUCCGUUUCAGGCUGUAAUUAGCAAGCUGCUUGCUCAGAAGAGUGAGUUAAUCCUGCAAGGAUGGAAGUUCGGUCUGGGGUAGCAACGAGCAGACCGUCGUGCUGACUCCCGGUGCGUCUGCCGUGUUUACGUCUCGCCCGUGAUUCUUUAUUUUCUCUUUUUUUAAUUAAGUUUACAUUUUAGUUUUUUGACAUCUUGUUUACAAUUUUUGUCUGAAAUGUAUUUCUUUUGUUGUCUCUUGUCAUACCCUAGAUUUAGUCUUCUUGUUAAAUAUAUUGGGAUAUAAAAAUGUUAGUAAAAAAAAAAGAAAAACUCCUGGAAAAUGAAGAUAUACCUUGCCACACUUUAAAAACAAAAAUUGUGACCUUGAGGCCUCUUCCUUGGCAGAGUUGCCCCAAGGUGGCCUGAGUAAGACAGGUGAUGUGAUGGGUGGAAUAACCUAUUUUUUGAAGUGAUGGUAACACAAAGCAUUUGGAACAGAUACGGAAGGUCUCAUUAGUUUGGUUGUAAUGUUAAUCUUUUUGUCAGCCUGAUCCGUAGGUGGGAAAUAAGACUGCUGUAAUUCCCUAGCUCUAAGCAUUGAUUCGGAGCUGUACAAAUGACUGAACAACUUCGGUGAUUUGAAAGUAAUUGAAAUGAACAAGGGAAGAGUAUGUGGAAAUUGCAUUCGGCUUUGCCCUUCAAGCAUUUGGAAAUAUUAACAGUAAUUCUUUUUUCCGUUUCUCCAACUGAAGUGCUUCUAACGUUCCUUUUAAUAAUUGUUGCCGAAAUUCCCAAUCUCAUUGAAGUCUAAUUUUAAAAAAAAAUUUUUUUUGAGGACUGAGGCUUAGGUCUAUUCAUUCUUGCUGAUUUCUGAUGAAAUGUUCAGGCUCUCACAUAAAGCGAUGGUCCUCGGGUCCACCGUGCAUUCCUGGGGUGCUUGUCUGGCCUUGCCCACCUGUAAGUCGCAGGCCUUGUUGUGGUGUCCACGUGACGUGCUUACCUGGGAGAUGCACGGAAACACACAGGUGGCCUCUGGCUGAAUGAGAUUCAGCAGCACUGACUCAACACUCGGUGAGCCAAGUUUCCAAGAAAACGUGAAGCCGGUCCUUUGGGGAUGGUCAGAGCGCACCACUGCUCGAGGGUCUUCUGUUUCAUCAGUAGGGUGUGUUGGGACAGUAGGUUUUGUUUGCUUGGGCGUCAAUGAUUUUGAUGGAGAAGCAUCUUCUGAUCUUUGCUUGUUCGUUUUAUUUGGUUUUGUUCGAAGUCGAAAUACUUUUCUUGUGUUUUCUGAUUACAGAAAUAAUACAAGCUCAUGGUAAAAAUUCAAAUGAUGCAGAAAAGUAUAAAGUAGGAGGCACUAAGCCCCACCCCCCGGAGACAACCACUGCUCACUGUUCCGUGUACAUCCUUCUAGAAAGUCUCCCAUUUAAACAUAUAAUGUCUAUCAUCCUUUUUUUUCUAUUUGAAGACAUUAUUUCAUCAGAAGUUCAGUACAAGUUCAGAUGGCCUUAUCUCUCCAUGACCUGAAUGGACCUUGAUCACAGUUCUAGAGUUACAUUUGAAAGAGAGUAACCCAAAUAUAUUCCUGAUCAAAACGUGGGGUUUGUUACUAUUCGACACAGAUCAGACUUGUGCCUGGGAAGAGAGAUUUGGUUAAAACAUACUUCUGGAAACUUUCAAAUUGCCAAUGGAAACUCGGACCCACUAUCUAAAGAGGAAUGUACUGGAAAAAAAUGAUCUGAAGAGUUGACCAGCUGUGUGCUAGAUUGAACACACGGUGUCAAUGCAAUGAGACUUUCUGCACUAAAACGUCCCCUAGUGUGUACAACAGCGACCUGUGUAUUAUAUGACAGUGACGUGUACAUUUCUGACAUUCCAUACAUAAUAUACACAGUUUAUAUAAACGCAUACAUUUAAAAAUAUAUAUGUACAAGACAGCUAACGUAAAACUGUAGUACGCCUGAAGGGUAUGACUAGUGCCUAAUAUUGAGUAUAAGUCCCUGCGUGUUCACAUCACCUCGGAAGUGCAGUAAAUGUUAUAAAAUUAAUCAGUGCAGCCAACAUUAUUUACAAAUCACAUCUUUGAAAUUGUGCAGUAGUAAAUACAUAUAUAUUUUUAAAUAACAUUUUUCACAGUUUUCCAGAGUUACUGUUGAAAUCUGUAUCACCAAAAAAAAAAAAAAGCAAGAUUUUUUUAAUGAUGUUGACUCUCUUCAGACCCAGUAAUCUGUGUGUGAUUUCCUGUGUGUAGAUACCCAAGACACUUUAGCAGUCACCAGCCUUAAUGCAUGUACAGGAUAUUAUUGUGACUUAAUUUAUCUGCAGUUUUUAAUCCAUGUGAAAUUGGAAUUUAUAAACUGACUUGGAUUCAAUAUGUCUGCCUUUCUAAGGUUGCAAAUGUUACAUUAAAUGAUUUAUGUUGUAAAUGAGAGACAUCGACUUGUACGUUAAAAAAAAAAUGUCCACCAAUUUCUGUGAAUAUUUUUACAAGGAAAUUUCAGAAUCAAAAUACAUUCAAAUAUGCAUUCCGGUCCCCAGUUCAUAAUCUCUUUAGAAUGGACCUUAUUGUUUCAUGAAAUUUUUAAAUGUAGCUUCCACAGAUUAUCCAUUACUAAGUCUGAUGUUUUUCAUGGGCAAAAAAAAAAACUGUUUUUCUUUAUUAUAGCUAUAGUUUAAUGCUUGUGUGGAAACACACCCCUAAUAUUGCAGAAAACUCUGUGUAGGAAGCUUGAGGAGUUUAAUUUGAUGACUACAUUGAUGUCUGUCCAAACAGUUGCCCUGGGACACUGUUUCUAUCAACGUCCCUUGAUAGCCCAAGUUAAUUCCCUGACUUGUGUCUACCGGGAUUUUCCAACGCUAACCAACAUGGUGGAAUAGUGUUGGAAUAUUUGGUUGAGUGAAACAAGAGAAUUUUGAACUACCGAAGACAGAAAUAUUAGACCAGUGGCUUGCCAUGAUGCAUCCCCCCCGUGUGGGAGGGUUUUUUUGUUAACCUCACUUUUUACUCUUCUCUCCCUUCCUUUUCAUUCCUCUCCUCCCCAAAAUUAAACAAAGGAGCAGAAACAGCAACAAAAACAAAAUAAUUGCUUCACCUUACCCAGACUAUAUUCUUAGAUUCAAACAGGACAGCAGACCGCUAGCUCCGGUCGCCAUGGAGACCGCCUCAUCCCAGAAAUGGCCAGGACGGGGUCCUUGGCUUUGCUUGCUCCAGGGACCGCUUUGAAAGAGCCUCAUACUCUCUCAGAGGUGGUUUGCGCUAAGAAACCCCUGAAGGCUUUUCAAGAACUAUCUUCCUCUUGUGCAGUUUUGCCUGCUACUCAGCUGAAGUCUGUUCCCAUCAGCAUCGUAUCUCUAAGAAGUAACACAUUUUCAACAAAACCUGGAUCAACUGGAAUCUUGAAAGACUUUUUUUUUUUUUUUUUUUUAGUGAAAGGGGGGGGAAAAAACCCAA